AUGGCGGCGACACGGGAUGUGGAGAUGCACCCGACAGGGCGGAAAGGAAUUGAUUCGAGGCUGCAGGUGGUGGAGAGCGUGGUGCGGCUCAUGGGCGCUCGUCUCAACGAGCUGAGCGCGCAGCUGCGGGAGCAAGCCGACGAGACGAGCGCGCUGCGACGAGAGAUUCGCGAGCUUAGAGGGGAUGCGACAAGGGGAGAGCAGACGAGGAUCGAAUCAAUCGCAACGGAGAGGAACGCCGGAGAAGGAGGGUUAGAGGGAGGCCAUGGCGAGUCAAGCGAGGCAGCGAUGCAGCGGCAGCAGAGGGCCACGGCGGGCGCGCGAGCGACGCUGGCACUGUCGGAAGCGCACUGGAGGCACGAAUCAGCGGAACGGCGGGCGGAAUUGGAGGCGGACGGAUGGGCGGAGAAGGAGGAAGGGGGUGAGGCGGAGGCGGAGGCGGGUGAGGAGGGCGCGUGGCGGUGGCAUGGGAGGCGCAUGAUGGCGGUGAAAGAGGAGGCGGUGCACGCGAGUGCGGCGGAGGAGGAGGGGCACGGUCAGGCGCCGGAGGGCUGGGAGAGGAGAAGGCGGAGGAAGCGCGAGGAAGGGAACUCUAGCGAGAUGGCGGGUGCGGCCUGGGGGGCUGCUGAUGUUGCGAACGGGGUGCGCGGAGCAGGGCCGUGGCAGCACGGGGGACGGGAGGGAGCAGUUGGUGCUGCAGGCAUGGCAGGGGGUGCUGCAGGCACGGCACUGGACGAGGCGCAUGGGGUGAGGCAGGCGGUGGGUGAGAUGAGGGCGAGAAUGGGCCGGCUGGAGACGAGGAGUGACGAAGUGGUGAAGAUAUGGGAGUCACACGUUACAUGCAGCUGUGCCCCAUUUAUUUAUUCCCAUAAUCACCCUCACACAACCCAUGCUCCUCCUUGCGCCCAUUCCUCUUUUCAUGGCCCCUGGCUCUUCCCGCCCUGCCCCUUUCCUCCGCCCUGCCCCUUUCCUCCACCCUGCCCCUUUCCUCCACCCUGCCCCUUUCUCCUGCUGUGCCCCUUUCCUCCGCCCUGCCCCUUUCCUCCACCCUGCCCCUUUCCUCCACCCUGCCCGUUUCUCCUGCUGUGCCCCUUUCCUCCGCCCUGCCCCUUUCCUCCACCCUGCCCCUUUCCUCCAGCAUGCCCCUUUCUCCUGCUGUGCCCCUUUCCUCCGCCCUGCCCCUUUCCUCCGCCCUGCCCCUUUCCUCCGCCCUGCCCCUUUCCUCCGCCCUGCCCCUUUCCUCCGCCCUGCCCCUUUCCUCCGCCCUGCCCCUUUCCUCUGACCCGGUGCCCCACCGUGCAGGCGCUGAUCGCGGUGUGGGUGGCAGUGGCGCCGCAGAAGCUGGGCAUGAAGCUGACCGGCAUCUCACUUCUCUCUGACGCCGCGCUUGCCCCGCUGCGCCACCUGCAGUGCCUCAGGAGCAUCAGCCUGGAGGGCUCCUCGGGCUUCACUGCAGCGGGCGUGCGAGACCUCUUCGCCUGCUCGCACGUGGGGUGGCUCAGCCUCGCCAGCACCGCGGUCACGGACGCAGCGCUGGAGGGCAUCACCCAGCUGAGGAGGCUCACGGACCUCCACCUGUCGCACUCGAUCAUUACUGAUGUGGGGGUGGCUCACCUGGAGGGGUUGCCGCAGCUGCACGUGCUGGUGCUCACUGGGUGCCGUCGGGUGACGGCUGCGAGUAUGGUGCACGUGGCACGGUUGGGGACGGUGGAGAGGUUGGAGCUGAGAGGCAGUGCGGUGGGAGAGGAGGGGCUGCAGCACUUGACGGCGCUCACCCGCCUGAGGCACCUCUCCGUGCCGCCGGGCGUGAGUGACUGUGGCAUGAAGCACGUGAGGGGAAUGGCACGGCUGGAGAAGCUUGGCUUGUGGGAUGCUGAGGUGACUGCAGCUGGUGUGCACUGCCUCUGGAACCUCAUCCGCCUGCAACAAGUGGCAACAAAUGAUGAGCGCAUUCAAGGGUGGAUUACCACUGUUCUGCCCCAUGCUUUUGUAGGAACAGAGCUUAUGUAUUUUUGA